AGCAAAAAAAGAUAAUUAUUGCAAAUUCUCCAAUAUUUGGUUUCAUUUGGUACUUACUGGUCCCCGUGCAAAGGGAGAGAGAGUGUUGACCUUUGUCACGAGACAAGUCACGAUGAUUCGGAGCUUCCUAACGAAAAGGCAAAUGAUCUGGAGAUUUCCAGUAUCAAAUCAUCCUCGAUGUUGUCUGAAUAGCGAGGCUCCACCCGAGCUGACACGAGGAGAGAAAAAACUCAUAGAUGUUCUCAGAGUGAAGUUCCCCGGGGCGACUUCGGUACAGGUUGCCGAUAUAUCAGGAGGGUGUGGAGCUAUGUAUCAGAUAUCAAUAGAAGCCAGUGAGUUCCAGGGCAAGACCACACUGCAACAACAGAGGAUGGUGAACAAGGCUCUGUCAGAAGAAAUAAAGGAAAUGCACGGACUUCAGUUAAAAACCAAGCCUUCGAACACAUCAUAGGAAUGAGCUGUGUACAGUUGUUUGUGUUAUGUGUACAGACUGUGGACGUACAGAGAAAUGAGAAACGGGAUCUGAAGCCGAACAUCCCCAAGUCAUGUUUGAAUCUUCGGAGUUGAAUCGGGAAAAAACAAAUGAAUCUCUCAACAUUAACAUAAACAGUAUGGACAAAAUGGUGAAUUUGUAAUAUUUUGCCUGAAGUAUAGAUAUAUGUGUAUGUGUCUUCAGAUGCAGGUGAAAGCUUGAUAUUUAUUAUGUCCAAAUAGUUCACAUCUCAUUUGACGCCAUUGGAAUUCCUGGUUAGAAAAGAUCCCCAGCAACCCAUGCUUGCCCUAAGAGGUGACAAAAUGGAUUGGGUGGUCAGGCUCUGAGACUUGGUUGAUUGCAUGUCAUGACUUGGUUGAUGGUGUGGAUUGUUGCUUACAAAUAUUAAUCACUGGAUUGUCUGGUCUGGAUUACAGGCCACUCUCACAAACAUACCCAGCUUAUUUGAACCUGUUACAUGUAACACAAUCAAA